CUAGAGAGUGAGGAUGAUCAGCAGGGGUGCGGGGCCCAGGGAUGGCACAGGUCCUCGUGGCCCUGGUGCUGCUUCUGGGCACCUGAGUCCUUUCUUGUGUUGCAGGACAUCGUGACUGUGGGGGAGUCAUCAAAACAGAAUAUGGAAUUAUUGCCACCUAUUACGGACCCAACACUGAAUGUGUCUGGACCAUCGAGAUGGACCCAGAAUUCCAAGUUGCUGUGGACAUACCACAUCUCCGCCUCACUUGUAAUAAAGAGUAUGUGGAAAUUCUAGAUGGACCACCAGAAUCUAACAGCUAUGGGAAGAUUUGUAAAGGUCUAAACUUGGAGUAUAGAUCUUCUUCCAAUGUCAUGACAGUCAAGUACAGCAGACAACUUGACCACCCAGCUUCCUCCUAUGAGAUAAUUUUCUUUAAGAAUCCACAAGGUUAGCGAUCUCUGCCUCACGCCUAAGGGUGCAUGGGCAUUGCCAGUGGGAACAACAUUCCUUGAAGACUGUCUGGAAUCAGCAGACAUGAGGAGAGACAUCUCCUGGUCACCUGUCUGAUCACACCUGCUCAUCCCGUCCCUCCCCUCCAUCCAUUCCGGCCUCUGUCCCUCCCUUACCAAGAAAAAUUUCUUACUCCUAAGCUUUAGAUACUUGCCAGUCUUGUGUUUGGAUCAUUCUGCUUAUUGCUAUAACCAUUUUGAAUAAAGUCUC